AUGGCAGAAGAGGUUUCGGGAAUUUCGCAGAGAACUUCCGUUAGGGCAGAGGAGGCGAGGGCAGGGGCGGUGGAGACGAGUCCAAGGGCGGCGGAUCAGGACCGGAAGCACCCUCGGGGAAUGAGGAGGGUGAGAUCGGCGGGUAUGGGUCACGCAGCAGAAGUUGAAGUGGCAGGAGGAGGAGGGGUGGGGUUUGGAGGAGGGGAACGAGAGCGCGCUUUCACAUUGCUGCAGCCGCCGCCGCUGCUGGUUGGUGCGUCUGUGGGAAGGUUCGGGGAAGGAUCAGCGGAGGUGAAGGAGCAAUGGGGCGAAAGGGACAGGCAGGGAGCGGGGAAAAGGGUUGGGGCGGAGGAGGGUCUGUUGGCGAGGAAUGUGGCUGGUUUUGUCUGUCAGGAGAUUUCUGAGGCGCCUCAAAGGGCUGAAGCCGAGGUAUGGGUUGGAGCAGAGGAAGUGGAUGGAGCAGAGGAAAUAGCUGAAGGGGAGAAAGCGGAUGGAGCAGAGAAAAGAGUUGAAGGGAAGGAAGCGGAUGGAGCAGAUGGAAGGGCUAAAGGGGAGGAGGCGAUUGGAGCAGAGGAAAAGGAUGGUGAUCAGUGUCUAGAAGACAUGUCAUCAUCGCACCCUUCCUCCUCUUCCUUCACACUCCCCCUCACGCACUCCCCUCCCUUAGCCGCCAGCAGCACCACCACCGCCGCAGCAUCCGUCCUCCCUGUCCCAUCCCCGUCCCUUUCUCCCACCCCAUCUGCACAUCUUUCCCUUUUCCCGUUCCCGUUCCCCUUUCCCUUCCCCUUCCAUCUCCCUCCAUUCUCUGCUGACUCCACCCCUUCCUCCAAUCAUCCCUCUCGCUUUACCACUCCAGGCCCCCACCCGCUCCCACACUCCUUCCUCAACACCCCUGCUUCCACCGCCCACUCUCUACACCGCCCGUUCUCCCUGUACCGCCCAAUAUCGCCCUCAAACCGCUCUCUAUCCUCCAAAACCCUUUACAGUCCGUCCUCGUCGACCCUUUCUCCCGCUCUGCCUGCACGGCAAAGAGCAGCACCAUCUUCAGUAGCAGGUUCCGAAGCCGUCACAGCAGCUGUAGGAAGAUCCGGUUGUAGCAGCGCUCUUCCCAGUGCUGCUACAGCCGGGUGCAGGUCGGCAGGGUCCGGCAUGGCAGUGGGCAGCAGCAGGAUGAGCAGCUUUAGCGAGUUCAGCCUCCCUCCAAACGCACUGGACGAAGGGAGGAACCACGCGGCAUGGCAUGGGGCGCUGAGACUCAGAGGCGGCAGCAGGUACGGCACUGCCAGAUGUGCCACUGCUGAGUGUGACACUGCCAGACGUGCCACUUCGCAGAACAGAAAAUUGAGCAAGAGUUUGUCGCUAGAGGAGAGGGCUCUGGGACUGGGAGGGCUUGCAGAAGGAGUCAGCUACGGGUGGGGCGUGGGGCUUCUGAGGCUUGACGACGCCCUGAAGAACGGAGGAAGCGAGCAUUUGAGUGACCACGGUGGGGCCAGCUCGAGUGGUGAGGCGUCUCAAGCCUCUAGUUACGGCUGGGGCGUGGGGCUGUUGAGACAGAGAGACGGUCUGAAGCAAGGAGGAAGAGGGGAAGCGAGGACGGAAGGUCCGGGGAGGAGUGUGGUUGAGUAUGACGGUGUUACGACACAGGGGAGUGUUUUGAAGCAGGGGGGUGUGGAGGAGCGGAGGAUGGAAGUUAAGGCCUUAACUGAGGCUCAGAGUCCUUCCUUUGAAGCGCUGCCGCAGCUGCCCUUGGCCAUGGCGCGGGAGGGAUGUGAGGCUAGGUCUGGUGUGGACUGCGGUGCUGCUCGGUAUGGAACAUCUCAGCAGCUGCUGCCCCUGUCCAUGGCGCGGGGAGGACGUGAGGUUGGGCCUCAGGAGAUCUCUCAAAGGCAGGGUGAAGCGUUUGAGGGGCCUCAGCAGCUGCUGCCCCUGUCUCUUGCGCGUGGGGGAUGCCAAGUUGGGCCUUCACAGGCGUUGGAGGGGAAAGACGAGUUGGGGGAAGAGAGGGAAGAGGAAGAGAUGGAGGGAGAAACGAGGGAGGGGGAAGAGAGGGAAGGGACAGGGGACGGGAAUGGUGGGGAAGGAGGAGAGGGAGGCGAGGGCAGAAGGGGAAAAGGGGGAGAGAGCAAUGGAACAGGCAGAGGGGGAGCAGGGGGAGAAGGGGGAGUAGGUGGGGCAGGCGGAGUGGGCAAUGAUGGGGAGGAGGGUGAUGGAGGUGAGGGCGAUGACGAGGGGAAUGGUGGAGAGGGAAGUGGGAAUGGGGAUGGAGGGGAGGAAGGGGAGGAUGGGGAGGAGGAGGAUGGUAGUUGUGAGAGAGAGGAGGGAGUUGACGAAGAGGAGAAGGAGGAAGAAGGGGUGGAGGAGAAUGAGGAGGGUGAGAUAAGGGCAGAUGAAGAGGUUUCGCAGGAAAAAGGAGAGAAGUCGCUGUUCUGUAGGCAGCAUGAGGGAGUGGCUGCGUCAGGGACAGUAGCAGAGGUGAGAACAGGAGAAGUGUCAGAUGUUGAGAGAGUAGAUGCGGUAGAGACAGCUGAUAACAGGUUUGCUGAUGCAGACCAAUGUUUGGUGACAACAGGACUUGAAAGCGCGGGUAUACUCCAAUGCGAGGCAGACGAAGCGGCUGAGGUGGAAUCAGAGGCAGCUGUCGCAGCUGGGAGCAAACAAGCCACAGAACAGACUGCAGAGACAGCUGAUGCAGUCGCCUGUUCCUUGGCUACAGCUUUUGAAAGAGCGGAUACGAUUCAAUGCGAGGCAUAUGAUGCAGCAGAGACACAAUUAAAGGAAGCAGUUGCAGCAGGAGAGACAGCAGAAAGGGCAGCAAGAGCAGGAGUAGCAGAAGCAGCAGAAGAAGCAUCAGCAGAAGCAGCUGAAGCAGGAGUAGGAGCGGAAGAGGAAGCAGCAGAAGCAGAAGAGGAAGCAGCAGGAGCAGAAGAGGAAGCAGCAGGAGCAGAAGAGGAAGCAGCAGGAGCAGAAGAGGAAGCAGCAGGAGCAGAAGAGGAAGCAGCAGGAGCAGAAGAGGAAGCAGCAGGAGCAGAAGAGGAAGCAGCAGGAGCAGAAGUGAAAUCAGCAGGAGCAGAAGCAGGAGCAAAAGGAGCAGUAGAAGCAGGAGAAGAGGAAAUUGAAGGAACAGGAACGAGCUGCUCUGUAGCAGCAGGAGUAGAAGUGAGAGAAGGAGCCGAUGGGAACUCAACCGCAGGAGCAGCAGGAGGAAAAGAAGCAGCAGCACCAGCAGCGUUAGUGGCAGUAGCAGCUGAUCAGCUCACUGCAGAUUAUGCAGCAGCAGAGGUUGCUAAGAAUCCCAACAACUCUGAACGAGGGUCCUUUGAAUCGACUCAAGAGGGGCUUGCGAGUCCUGAUGACUCUGAAGCAGCAGCGGUAGUGGCAAUGGCAGCUGAUCAGCUCACUCCAGGUUAUGCAGCGGCAGAGGUUGCUAAGAAUCCCAAUAACUCUGAACGAGGGUCCUUUGAGCCAACUCAGGAGGGGCUUGCGAGUCCUGCUGACUCUGAAGCAGCAGCGGUAGUGGGAAUGGCAGAUUAUGCAAUGGCCGAGGUUGGUUCUACGGAGAGCCCUUCUGAACAGGGGUCCUUUGAGUCGACUCAAAAGGGGUUUGCAAGCCCUGCUCACUUUGCUUCUGCUCAGGACUUGCUCGAUUCAGCUGGGGAGGGGUUUGCAAGCCCUGCUGACUCGGCUCAUGUUUCGGCUGAGUCGACUCAGGAGGGGCUCCCAAGCCCUGCUGACUUUGCUUCUGCUCAGGACUUGCUCGAUUCAGCUCGGGAGGGGUUUGAAACCUCUGCUGACUCUGCUCAAGUUUCCGUUGAGUUGACUCAGGAGGGGCUUCCAAGCCCUGCUGACUUUGCUUCUGCUCAGGACUUGCUCGAUUCAGCUCGGGAGGGGUUUGAAACCUCUGCUGACUCUGCUCAAGGUUCCGUUGAGUUGACUCAGGAGGGGCUUCCAAGCCCUGGAGACUCUGCUGCUGCUCGGAAUUUGUUCGAUUCAGCUCGGGAGGGGUUUGAAACCUCUGCUGACUCUGCUCAAGGUUCCGUUGAGUUGACUCAGGAGGGGCUUCCAAGCCCUGGAGACUCUGCUGCUGCUCGGAAUUUGUUCGAUUCAGUUGGGGAGGGGUUUGCGAGCCCUGCUGACUGUGCUGUUGCUCGGGUGGGGUUUGACAGCCCAGCUGACUGUGCUGCCGCUCAGGAUUUGUUCGAUUCAGCUGGGGAGGGGUUUGCGAGCCCUGCUGACUGUGCUUCUGCUGAGGAUUUGUUUGACUCGGCUCGAGAGGGGUUUGAAAGCUCGUUUAGCACCGAACAAGUGUUCUUUGAGGCGACUGGGAAGGGUUGCGAGUGUUCGGAGAAUGAUAAUAACGAGAAAGAGGUGUUGUUUGAUACCUUGGCCGCCUUCAGUCCAGAGGCUUUUACUUUUGAGGGUGCUGGUGAUGAUGCUGAGAGCAGUAGAAAGGGGGGAGCAGCUGCAGGAGUCGAAACAGAGAGUGAAGCAUCAGAGGGAGGUGAGAUUGCUGUAAGAAGGAUUGAGACGUCUCAGGAUUGUGUAUAUACCAACGGCAGCAAGGGAAAUCAGGAACUCUUGGGUUUGGAUGUUACAUGGAUGAAGAAGCAAGGGGACGACGAGAAGGAGAGGGAAACGACGGAGAGGAGAGAGGAGGAGAAGGAAAAGAUGUGCAUCGACGUGGAAGAGGAGGAUGCAGGGAGUGCAGUGGGUGCAGUGGGGUUGACUGCGGUGGAUACAACAGUUGGAGAGGAUAUGACAGGCGCUAGGGAUAUGAUGGAGAGGGUAGGCCUUGUGGGCAUGCUGCUGAGACGGGUACGAAACCGGUUGGGUAAGCAAGACGUGCAGGAGGGAUUGGGGGAGGAAGUGGACGAGGGUUUGAGGGAGGGAGUGAAGGAGGAAGGUGGGGAGGAAGUGGGGCAAGACGUCGAUGAGAGAUUGGGAGAGAAGGUGGGGAUGGAAGUGCGGGGAGGGGAGGAUGAGAGUGAGGAAGUGGGGAGAGGGGGAGAAAUGAGGGAGGAAGUGGGGGGAGGGGGCAGAGGGAAAGAAGAAAGGGAGGAAUUUGAAAGAGAGGACGUAGAGAGGCAGGAAGUGGGGAGGGGGGAAGAGGAAAGGGAGGAGGAGGGGAGAGAGGAAGCUCUUUCAGACGCCAUUUCCAUCUCUCCUGACUUGACCUCCGCCGUCCAAUCCCCCUCCUCUGAUCUCCACUCUCCCUCGUUACAGUCAGAUUCCCCCUCGUUAGAGUCACAUGCCUCGCUGCUAGCAGAUGUAUCCCUCACUGCAGCCACAUCGCAGGCCCUUUCAAUCGCCGUCUCCAUCUCUCCCGAUUCAUCCUCUGACCCUCACUCCCCAUCCUCCGCCCUCCAGUCCCCCUCUUUAGUAUCACACGCCUCGCUAGUAUCACACCCCUCCCUGCCAAGAGAUGUUUCCCUCACAGCAGCCAUAUCCCAAGCCCGUUCAAACGCCAUUUCCAACCCUCCUGACUUCGGGGCCGAUCCUCAUUCCCCUUCCUCCGCCCCUCAUUCCCCUUCCUCCGCCCCUCAUUCCCCUUCCUCCGCCCCUCAUUCCCCUUCCUCCGCCCCUCAUUCCCCUUCCUCCGCCCCUCAUUCCCCUUCCUCCGCCCCUCAUUCCCCUUCCUCCGCCCCUCAUUCCCCUUCCUCCGCCCCUCAUUCCCCUUCCUCCGCCCCUCAUUCCCCUUCCUCCGCCCCUCAUUCCCCUUCCUCCGCCCCUCAUUCCCCUUCCUCCGCCCCUCACUCCCCUUCCUCCGCCCCUCAUUCCCCUUCCUCCGCCCCUCAUUCCCCUUCCUCCGCCCCUCAUUCCCCUUCCUCCGCCCCUCACUCCCCUUCCUCCACCCCUCCCUCCUCCGCCCUUCCCUCCCCUUCCUCCGCCCCUCCCUCCCCUUCCUCCGCCCCUCCCUCCCCUUCCUCCGCCCCUCCCUCCCCAUCCUCCGCCUCUGCACACUCCCCCACCUCCCCACCCCCUCAAUCCCUCUCCUUCCCUUCCACCCCUUUCUCCCCAUCCACCUGUGCUUCCUCCUCUUGCCUCUCUCUCCCCCUGUCCCGCCUCCGCUCCUUCUCCCCUCCCCGCACCCACUCUAUCCAAACCAACUCUGACCAGGCCAGUGUCUUUGGCCGCUCCUCUUCCCACACUCACUACUCCCACACUCACUCCUCCCAUACACACUACUCCCACACUCACUCCCAUACACACUACCCCCACACUCACUACUCAACCCACCACACUCACUUCCCUUCUCACACUCCCUUCUCCUCUCGCACUCUCCAAUCCUCCCAGGUCCAGGCCCCAUCACGCACUCUCUCCUAUCCAUCUGCAGCGACUCAUAUCUCCUCCCACCCUUCCCCGGUGUCCUUCACCACGAUUAGCACAGCACCGCUCCUGUUCCCUGUUGUGAGUGGUGAGGAAGCAGCACCUGAAGCAGCAGCACCUGAUGCGGCAGAACCUGAAGCAGCAGAACCGGGAGAAGCACCUGAAGAAAUACCUGAAGGAGGAGUCGAAGUACCACCAGAAGCACCACCAGCACCUGAAGAAUCACCUGAAACUUCUCAGGAAGAUGCUGGUGUCUCGGCAAGUGAUCAGGAGGAGAGCGUGUUUUCAAUCUCCCUUCUGGGAACGACAGGGGAGGAGGAGAAGAUACUGGAAAGCCAAGAGGAGAGCAAAGAGGUUACUACCGUUGUUGCCAGUGAUCCUGUUCCCUCUGCUCCUGCUGCAUUGUGCUCUGCCACUGGACUUACCAGUGCUCAGCCUGACAUCCUUCCUGAAGUACCGCCUAAGCCUGAUCAUGCUCCAAUAGUCACUAUCCUUUCUACUCCUGCCGACGACCAGAAGCAAGCAGUACCAGCAGAAUCAGUGGUGGCAGGAGCGACUGCAGCAGCGGCGGCAGUUCUGGCUGCAGUGGCAGCAGUCAAACCCUCAUCUCCCUCUCUCUCCCCCAGCAGCAGUCUCCCGCGCCAUAUCCGUGUAUCCUCCCCUCGUUUCCACCCAACACAGCCAACCUCUCUCUACUUCCCUGCUACUGCUGGUAGCAGUCUCGUUUCUGCUAAUGAUGCCGAUGCUGAUACUGGCAUUGUUGCUGCUCCUGCUGCUCCUGCUGCUGCUGAUGCUGCUGAUGCUGCUCCUGUUGCUGACGCGGCUGCUGAUAACGCUGCUGCAGGCAAGGCCAUCAGAAGCACUUUCAACCUUUAUCCAUAUGCCAAGCCUGCCAGCCUCGUCAGCAAGGUGUUCGUAUUCAGGUCCCCAAGCGGGGAAACCGCUACCAAGGCGCUCCAUUCGGGCUCGCGUCAGCAGCACAAGCCGCCUCUUUCUGACUCGCCUCAGCAGCAGCACUCUGCACAUGGCGGCAAUACUACUGCCACCAGCAGCAGCGGUACACCCAUGACACCCACGCAAUCUUCCAUGGCACCUACAAGCUCAUCUGCGAAGGCUUCUGUGACGCCCAAGCGAUCCAAGAGCCUGUCAACAGUAGCUGCUGCCACUGCUUCCUCCUGGCUCCGAUCUCUUAAGUCCACCCUCUCCCCAUCCUCUUCCUCCUCCUCCACAUCGGCUAAAGCAGCACGCACCAGACAGUCACGUUCCACAGAGCCACACUGGAUACAAUCACCUGCUCUGGCGUCUGUUGAUGCACCCUCUACCUCGGCCUCCUCACUCGCCUCCCUCAUCUCCCCUCAUCAUGCCCCCUACCCUCCCCAUGCCCCCUACCCUCCCCAUGCCCCCCCUUCCCAUGCCUCCCAUCCUCCUCCUCCUCAACCGUUCCCUGCAUCCGCCCCUGUAGGUCCUGCCUCCGAACCCACAACUUUCUGGAACCUUCCCCCGGUAGACCUCCCUCCACCCGCUAUCGCUCUGGACCCCAUUCCACCCCUUUCUACUCCUUCUGUUCCUCCUUCAACUGCUCCUGCUGCUCCUUCUUCUCCUACUCGUGGCUUGCCCAACUCCCAGCUCUCCACUUCUCCCUCCUCCCUCAUGUCUCCCCUCUCCGCUCUCCCCAACUCUCCUACUUCCUCGCCCCCAGCCCCUCCUGUCAGCACCACCCCUUCCACCCCACCUGUUCGCCCAGCAUCCCCUGCUCUCAAAUCCACCCGCUUUGGAUUCACCCGGAAUUCGCCCCUUCAGAAUUUUCAGAAUUCGCCCAGACAGUCCUCUCCUUUUGAGGCGCCUCAGAAUUCGCCCAGACAGUCCUCUCCUCCUGCUGCUAGGAUUCGGCCUCCCUCACCGCGCCGUCUCUUGUCCUCCCUUCACAAGAUGCUCAGCCCAGGUGUCGGAUCAGGUGGAAUUUCAGGUGAAUCUCGCCAAGUGCCUGCACUGGCUGUAGCAGGGAGUGCUUCUUCAGGUGUUGUGUCAAGUGAUCCUGUGGCUGUUGCAGCAGAGCCAAUCCGAUCUCCAGUUGUAGCGGGAGCUACAGCUGCUCCGAUGGUGGCUGUAGCAGCUGCAGCAGGAGUUCCAUCUGCACCGGCUGUAGCAGCAGGUACCAGUGCAGCAACUGUAGCAGAAGAUGUAGCAGGACAGUUUCUCCCAGCAGCUGUUAUCCCUUGCGGGGAUGUAGCAGCAGAUUUUUCUGCAGGAGUUGAGCCCAACGGGCUGGCUGUGGCAGUUGAAAUACUUCCUGCUGCUGUAGCCCCUUCCGAGGAUGUAGCAGCAGAUUUCGCUGCAAAACUUGAGACUGAUGGGUUGGCUGGAGCAGAGGAAAUUUCCAAUGCAGCUGUAGCCCCUUGGGAGGAUGUAGCAGCAGAUUUCGCUGCAGAUCUUGAGACUGACGGGCCAGCUGUAGCAGUAUCAGCAGAGAUGGAAGAAGGGACAACCGUUGAGGAGGAGGGAGGUGAAGGGGAGAGCAGUGAAGAGGGGGUAAAGGGGGAAAGAGAGGGGGAAGAAAAGGAGAGGAAGGAUGGGCAGGAGGAGGAGGAGGGAGAAGGGGAGAAGGGAGGGGAGGAGGUUGUGGAAGUGAAGGAGGAGGAUGAGAAGAAGCGUGAGAGAAACGAUGCGGAAGAGGAGGGUGCAGAGAGAAAAACAGGGUGUGAGUGGGUAGGGCUGCAGGAAAGCACAGCACCAGCUGAAGGAGAGGAAGAGAGAGAAGAAUCAGGUGGUGAGGAGGAGAAUGGUAAUGAUAAUGGUCACGCAGGAACAUUGGAACGUGAAGUAAAGGUCGCUGUACCGAGCCUUUCAGAGGGAAGCAUUGCAAUCACAGGACCAGCAGCAUCAGGCGUUUCAGAAGGGACAGUCACAUCACCUCUAUCCUCGUGCCUCUCCCCUCCUCCAUCCACCUCCCCCUCCUCCUCCAUAUUUUCCCUUUCUCUCACUCUCGCCCUUGCUUCUCCUGAACCACCUCCGUCCCUCGUCACCCCCACACCACCACCCCUCUCCCUCACCCGCUCCCCCAUCCCACCUCCUUCUCUCACACUCUCCCCUGCUCUAGCUGCCCACGUGCCCACUCAACACAGCCUACACAGCCCCACACCACCGCCCCCUUCCCUCGUCACCCCCACCACACCACCACCCCUCUCACUCACCCUCUGCCCCGCCCCGCCCACUUCCCUCCUCCCCUCCCCCGCUCUAGCUGCCCGUGUGGCCACCCAACACAGCCUGCACAGCCACACACCACCGCCCCCUUCCCUCGUCACCCCCACCACACCACCACCCCUCUCACUCACCCUCUCCCCCGCCCCGCCCACUUCCCUCCUCCCCUCCCCCGCUCUAGCUGCCCGUGUGGCCACCCAACACAGCCUGCACAGCCACACACCACCCCCUCCCUCCCUCGCCACCCCCACCACACCACCACCCCCUUCUCUCCCCCUGUCCCCCGCCAUAGCUGCCCGGGUUGCCACGCAACACAGCCUGCACAGCCCCUCCCCACCACCUAACUCCCUCGUCACCCCCAGAUCACAGCCCCCCUCCCUCCCCCUCUCCCCCGCCCUAGCUGCCCACGUGGCCACCCAACACAGCCUGCACAGUCCCACACCACUGCCUCCUUCCCUCGUCACCCCCACCACACCACCACCCCCCUCACUCACCCUCGCCCCCAGAUCACAACCCCCCUCCCUCCCCCUCUCCCCCGCUCUAGCCGCGCGGGUUGCCACUCAACACAGCCUGCACAGCCUGCAGAACCUUCGGAGCAGGCUGCAGCAGCAGCGAAUGGCGAUGCGCCAGCUGGCGGAGGAGACGAGCAGGCUGCGGGGGUGGCUGGGCAGUGCUGCUAGCGGGGGAAGUGUGCCGGUUGGAUCAGGUGGUUUGGGUGGGAAAGUUGGGUCAGGUGGAUUGGUUGGGACAGUUAAGUCGGGUGGAUUGGGUGAAUUGUCAGCAGGUGCUUCAGCUGGAGCUGUUAUUGGGGAUGCUGGGUCUACAAGACGCGUUGCUCAAGGUACUGCUUCUCCUGCUGCGUCUGCUAUACAAUCUUCUGAUUCUGCUGCUGCUUCUGCUGCAAGUGCUGGUGGUGCUGAUGGCGCUGCUGCUGCCUCUUCUGCUGUUGCUGCUGACAUGUCCUGGGCAGCUGACCUGUCAUCACCUCCUGAGUCGUUUUUAAGUGGUGCUGACUCACCAAUUGGUUCUUACUCACCAACUGAUGCUGACUCACCAACUGAUGCUGACUCACCAAUUGAUGCUGACUCACCAACUGAUGCUGACUCGCCAACUGAUGCUGACUCACCAAGUGGUGCUCAUGCUGCAGCGGGAAGGGUGGCUGAAACCAAUGAAGCCGAUGGAAAGACAGGGGCCGCUGAAGAAGUCGAGGGAGCUGAAAUCUGUGAGACAACUGAAGAGAAGGACGUACGUCCGGAGCAGCAGCAAACGCAGUGUAAGACAAGCGAGGAACCUAACGAGUCGACUUCUGGGUCGACUGGAAAAGCAUAUGAAGAGAUGGGACGUGAGGCACAAGACACCAAGGGUUUGGGAGGGGGGAGUGGAGCGGAGGGAGGAAGCGGAGGAGUGGAAGCUACUGGUGCAACGGAAGGAGGUGUGCAGUGCAGAGAAAUGGGUUUCUUAGGUGCUGCUUCUCCGAUAACUCCUGCUUCCGGCGCAGGAGUGAACACAGUAGCUCCUAUUUCUGAGGAAGUGGCCAGUACUGUUCAUGACGCGCCUCCGAAACUGGAACGAGCAGCUGUGCUCUUUCCUGCUCGUUCUGUGGCUGCUUUUAAAUCUUCUGCUGCUGUAGCAGGAACGAGCACAGCAGCUUCUGUUUCUGGUGAAGCAGCCAAUGCUGUUACUGAGGCGUCUCAGCAACAGGCUUCGUCUAAAGCAGCUGCUGCUACCGCCCCUCAGGUUUCAAGGCGUCGCCUCGCCUUUGCUCUGCUGAGCGAGCCACUUAGCAGAAAGCCGCGAGUCACAUCAGUGACGUGGACCACCCUCUCUGCGAUCCAGGAGGAGGAAGGAUUGGGCAUAGACUCGCAAGAAUCAAGUACCCCCUGCCAAAAGCCCCUUGGUAACCCCUACUGCUCCUCUCCUUCACCUUAA